UGUCUGUCUGGCAGUCAGUAAGAAAGUCUUCGUGGCUCAUCCGCCCCGCCGCAGUGCCACGGGAACCCACCUUGGGUCGUUUCCAAGCAUAGCUUUGCAGAUUUAGCAUGUCAACAUUCGCAUGUGAAUCGCUCAAGAGCUGGACGUCGAUCUCGCUCUCAUUCGAAGGCUGAGCGUGCGAGUUGAGAGAGCGUGGCGACGGAGAGAGAGCGAGAGAGAGAGAGAGAGACCGCAUGGUUGUGCCUGAGUGUUGAAGGUCUGAAGUCCUCGCGUGUUUUUCAUAGUCGUUAUAGGUUGUUGCGUUAUCGCUCUGGAAGGAGCAAGGACAGGGAGAAAACCUUAUUUCUGCUCUCCUUGUGGUCGUUUUGGCUGUUGAAGUUGCAGUUUGAUUUGUGUCGGAUAGGAGGUGCAAUUAUGACUGGAUAGGGCGGAGGGGGAGGGCGGGAGAGGGAGGGGGAGAGAGAAAUAGAGGAAGACGGAGAGUAGAGGGAGCUUUGAGAGUAAAAGGCUGAUGAGAAUGACUGACGGAGAGGAGGAUGGGGCGCAAGGGCAGGAGCCCCAGCCGCAGCAGCCCAACGGGUUCAAGAAGGUUGUGGUGGGGGUAUGCGUGAUGGAAAAGAAGGCAUUAUCGGGACCGAUGGCUCAAAUUUUAGAUCGACUCAAAAUGUUUGGUGAAUUUGAGAUCAUAAUUUUUGGAGACCGAGUAAUCCUGCAUGAGCCAGUAGAAAAGUGGCCGCUCUGCGACUGCUUGAUAGCAUUCUAUUCAACGGGUUAUCCUCUCAGUAAAGCUGAAGCUUAUGCUGCGCUUCGCAAGCCUUACCUGAUUAACGAGCUGAAAUUGCAGCACCUCCUUCACGAUCGUCGCAAAGUUUAUGCUCGCCUUGACGAGUAUGGGAUUCCGAUUCCAAAUUAUAUACUAGUCAAUCGUGACUUUCCUUAUCAAGAAGUGGACUAUUUUGUGGAAGAAGAAGACUACGUUGAGGUCCAAGGAAGAAAAAUCAUGAAACCAUUUGUUGAAAAGCCUGUGGAUGGAGAUAAUCACAGCGUAAUGAUAUACUACCCAAGUUCUGCUGGUGGGGGCAUGAAAGAGCUCUUCCGGAAGGUGGGUAAUCGAUCUAGUGAAUUUCACCCUGAGAUACGGAGAGUACGGAGGUCUGGCUCCUACAUUUAUGAGGAGUUCAUGCCCACCGGUGGUACUGAUGUUAAGGUGUAUACAGUGGGGCCAGAAUAUGCUCAUGCAGAAGCUAGAAAGUCUCCUGUUGUGGAUGGUGUAGUAAUGAGAAGUGCUGAUGGAAAGGAGGUGAGAUACCCUGUGCUUCUGACUCCAACGGAGAAAAAUAUUGCCCGAGAAGUCUGUGUUGCUUUUGGACAAGGGGUGUGCGGGUUUGAUUUACUCCGAUCACAAGGCCGGUCAUAUGUUUGUGAUGUUAAUGGGUGGAGUUUCGUUAAGAACUCUUACAAGUAUUACGACGAUGCAGCUUGUGUUCUAAGAACCAUGUUCCUUGAAACAAGAGCACCACAUCUCAAUGUGAAGCUUUCAUGUUUGCCGUGGAGCAGAGUCGAACAACCUCUUGAGGCAGAUGAUCCUAAUGGCAUUUCAAGGCAGGAAAGUGCUGCACUUUCUGGUACAUUUGGUCAAUCGGAAGAGCUGCGGUGUGUAAUUGCCAUUUUACGCCAUGGUGAUAGAACUCCAAAGCAAAAGGUCAAGAUGAAAGUUACACAGGAUAGACUACUCAACCUUAUGCUGAAGUACAACGGUGGGAGACCUCGAUCAGAGGCUAAACUGAAAAGUGCAGUGCAGUUGCAAGAUCUUCUCGACGCAACUCGUAUGCUUGUCCCUCGUGCUAGAUCAGGUAAAGAGAGUAGCGACAGUGAGGCAGAAGACUGGGAGCACGCCGAGAAAUUACGCCACGUUAAAGCAGUUCUUGAGGAGGGUGGUCACUUCUCUGGAAUUUAUCGAAAAGUGCAGCUAAAACCCCAGAAGUGGGCGAAGAUUCCGAAGGAGGAGGAUGAGAUCGAAGAAGAACGCCCCAUAGAGGCGCUGAUGGUGCUGAAAUAUGGAGGCGUUCUCACGCAUGCCGGUCGGAAGCAGGCCGAAGAAUUGGGGCGAUCUUUCAGGAAUUUCAUGUACCCAGGAGAGGGGACUGGUUUGCUGCGACUCCAUAGUACUUAUCGGCAUGACUUGAAAAUCUACAGUUCCGACGAAGGGAGGGUGCAGAUGUCAGCUGCUGCAUUUGCGAAAGGUUUACUUGAUCUGGAAGGUCAGCUGACCCCCAUACUGGUUUCUCUUGUCAGCAAAGAUUCGCCUAUGCUCGAUGGUCUGGAUACUGCUAGUAUUGAGAUGGACGAAGCAAAGGCGAAAUUAUACGAGGUAAUGACAUCAUCUAAAGAGCAGCCGCUUCCUGUACCCUCGAAACCUGACAUGCCUUGGAUGGUGGAUGGAGGAGGCAUGCCUCAGAACUCCUUGGAUCUGAUGAAGAAACUGGUUGAGCUUACCAAGAGAGUUACAGCCCAGGUCAAAGUCCUUUGUAAAGCUGAAGAAGAACGACUGGCUUCGACCACACUUGAUGAAGAGCUUCCACCUUAUGACCAAGCCCGUGCUUUGGGAAAGACCAAUAUGGAUGUUGACCGAAUCGCUGCUGGGCUACCUUGUGGUAGUGAAGGAUUUCUUCUCAUGUUCGCUCGAUGGAAGAAAUUAGAGCGGGACGUUUACAAUGACCGUAAAGACCGAUACGAUAUAAGCAAAGUUCCCGAUAUAUACGAUUCUGCCAAAUAUGAUCUUCUUCAUAAUGCUCAUUUACAACUUCAGGGACUUGACGAACUCUAUAGAGUGGCGAAGAAACUUGCGGAUGGGGUUAUCCCGAAUGAAUAUGGAAUUAAUCCUCAACACAAACUGAUCAUAGGAGCCAAGAUUGCCCGUCGACUUCUAGGAAAGAUCCUCAUUGAUCUACGAAAUACUCGGGAAGAAGCCAUUAGUGUGGCUCAAGUGAAGCAAAAGCAGGGCCAUUUUUCAAGUAGAGUUCGGAAACCAUCUGAGGAGGGCAACCGAAUCAGUGGUAAAGUUAGAGUGGCUGUUGAUAACUCAAGGCAAACUUGCCCAGCGGACAAAUCAUAUGAGACGGACGAUGACGAUGACAAAGAAACCCAGUAUCGGUUGGACCCUAAGUAUGCCAAUGUUCGAACACCUGAAAGACAUGUUCGCACCAGGCUUUACUUCACGUCGGAGUCACACAUCCAUUCGUUGAUCAAUGUUAUCCGUUAUUGUCAUUUAGACGAUUCUUUGAAAGGAGAACCAGGCCUGGUUGCAAAUGAAGGUUUGAAGCGCAUAUUUGAAAUCAAGGAGCUUGACUACUUGACCCAUAUUGUGCUACGAAUGUACGAGAAUACUGCAGUGCCUUUGGAAGAUUCACGAAGAUUCAGGAUUGAGUUGAUGUUUAGUAGUGGAGCAGCUUUAAGUCCUCUCGAGGCAACUCCUCGCAAUCGAGAUCACACUCUACCAGUGUUGCCUCCGGAGACUUUGCAGGAAGAGGGUAGCUACGUGACUUUGGACCGCUUGGAGAAGCUGGUGCGGCCAUUUGCCAUGCCGGCUGAAGACUUUCCUCCAGCCAGCACCCCGCAAGGAUUCUCCGGACUAUUUAUGAAAGGGGUUCGACGUUGGUGGCACUCGAGGCGACAAUAAUCGUCAAGGUAUCAUCUUGGUUCAGCUUACCUUUUUUGAGUUUAUUUGGGAGAGAGCAAUCCAACGCUGGGACCGUUAUGGGCAAGCAAACACCUUGGCAUCUAUUGUACCGAGGGCAGCGUAUUGAAGGGUUAGUUUUUCAAGUUCAUAUUGCACGAAGGCAAUAUCCAGUGAAGCUUGAACUUAGACUACUAGGUUGCAAGCUUAUGUCCAACAGGUUUAGUCAAUGGCGCGCUAGGCUGCCUUUAAGGUACUCUCCGUCGUCGAUAUGAAGUUUUUGUUUUGUUUAUCUAUACUACAGAUUUUGAUAACGUUCGUCGUGCUUGCCAUGGGGUUAGGAACAUAUGGUACACUGAACGCAAUUUUUUUACAGAUCAAGCUCAUAACAUUUGAAUCUUUUAGGCUUGUGCCUGCAGACUCAAGUUUCAGCUGUGGUUGUGUUAAAUUUAUUUAAUAAGAGGCACACUUCUGUCGUCAAAGAUAAUUUUCAAAAUU